CUAUGACGUAUAGUCUAUAGAUCAACUAUAGAUGUAGUUUUUAUUGAACAUACAAAUGUACUGUUUGUUUUCAUAUAAUAAUAUAGGAAAAUUGUUGAAGAUAUUACUGUUUGUUCAUUCGGAGGAGGAUUAAUAAUCUCGAGUUAAGUUUUGAGAGUAUUCUUGUGGUACUGUGGAUAUAUCAUCAUGGCAGACAUUGAAGAAAAAGUUAUAAUGACUCCUAAGAGUAAAACACCAACUUCUACUGUAUUAAUAGUUGAAAGGAAGGUCAUAGAGCCAGCACCUAGUGAUAAAAUACAUGUUGCUGGAGGUGAUCAUACAGGAAUCAUAAUAAAUAAGGAAAAAGUUUAUGAAAACGGUGUGACAGAACCAUGUCAUGCUCAACUAGAGUUCUGUGUUUAUUUGGUAUCUGCGGUAACUGGGAAUCAUACACGGGAAGCAAGAGCACUUAGAUUUUGGUUCAAGCCAGAAGUGACUCAAAAUGAGUGUCCGCACCAAGCUCAAGCCUUCUUCCGUGAAUUAGUCAGUCCACAGGACUUUCCUAAAGAUUAUGUCGGGUUCAUAAAGAAGAUUAUAAAAUUAAUGCAAAAUAAAUAUCAUCAAUUAAAACUUCUAGAAGUUGAGCUAAGACAAGAAGAAACUGGCCCACCACCCCCAGAAGCAAAUGGUGAUAUAACGAGUAAGGCAAUUAUAUACAAGUAUUAUAAUGGUUCUUUCAUCGAAGACAGCAUUGUGAACCAAACAGUUAUAUCGGAGCAAAAAGUACUUGAUAUGAUUGAAAAUGCGUACCCCAAUCCACUAUCAGUUGAAGAUUUUGUAACUGCUGGAAAAUGGUCAAAGGCUGAAGUAAAAGACGCCCUUGAGUCCUUAGAAGAAAAAGGUUUAACUCGGUUAAUGUCUGAUGGUAUUUAUGUCCGUCAACACAGCAUUGAUACUCAAGUUGUGAAACAAAUGCCUACAUUGUGUUCAUCCCGACAACCGACCAUAGCGGUGGUGACGGCCCUUUACUGUGAGAAACAAGCUGUCGACGCUAUGAUGGACAAUCAAGAGACAUACGUCCGGUAUACAACUGUCGGCGAAUCAAAUGUCUACACAUUGGGGACCAUUGGCACCCAUCGAGUUGUCACCACUAAAUUGCCGUCGGUCGGCCGGACUAGAGAAGCAAUGACGGCGGCUGGAAACACCACAACCAGACUUCUUGGCAUUUUCCAGAAAGUGGACUACGUGUUUCUAGUCGGAGUGGGUGGAGGAGUUCCUCAUUACACAGACUAUUCGAAACACGUGAGGCUCGGUGACGUUGUUGUCUCAACGCCUGCGUCGGAUUUGCAAGAUAAAUAUGUAUACAUAUUUUGCGAGAAAGCAGAACGCAACGACAAGGGCGGGUAUGACUAUGAGGUGAAACCAUAUAAGCCAGCGGAUUACCUCUUGCAGGACAUCGCUCUGCGUCUCGUGAAUACAUCUGCUUCAUGGACUACUUACGUUAACGAAGGUUUACAACGUCUGAGGGGUGUUCCCGGAAGGUGGGAACCCCCGGAAGAAGCGACUGACCGCUUGUGCGUGGACGUCGGCGGCGGUGCCUUCAUAGAAGUUGCCCACCCGGUUCCACAGGGCGAUAAAACAACGAACGUCGCGGUGGGGCGCGCGGCGCGCGUGCACUGCGCGCCGGUGGCGGGCGGGCGCGCGGUGGCGGGCGCGGGCGAGGCGCGCGCCGCCUUCGCCGCGCACGCGCGCGCGCUCGCCUACGACUGCGAGCUCGACGCCGUGCUCGACAGCGUCGUCGGCAACUGCAAGGACUGCUUCGUAUCCAUCAGGGGUAUAUCUGACUACCGUGACGGUACUCGUGGUAAGGAAUGGCAACCCCACGCUGCUUUAGCGGCAGCGGCUGUAAUGAAGGCGAUCAUAAUGGCACUGGCGCCUCCCACAGACUAAACGAGGGAAAAUAAUAAUAACUCAUUACAAUUUGGGCCUUAAUACGUGAUAAAAAAUGUUUAUUAAAAAUAGAUCUUCAAACGUAUAACCCAUUAAA